CCUUAAAGUGUUUGUUUUACAUUUUUUUCUGCCUCAACACCUUAACGUAUUUAUGACAUUUUAGACAAAAAAACAUCUUUUUGUAUGUGCAAUGAUUAACAGUAUUAAGAUAUAAUCAUGACAUUUCUACUUUUUCUUCAAUAGUCACGUGAUCUUACAUCUUCACCCACCGGAAACGACAAGAUAACUUUAGUCCGUUUUUGGGGUUUAUACUGGACUCACAUCAUGUUCAUUUGCUUAAAAAUAUUUGUUUUUUUUACAUUGAUUUUAACUUUUGGAUACGGACAACAGGUUGAUCUAUCUAAACAAAAGGAUUUAAUUCUGAAAUUACACAAUGGUUAUCGAGGGUUACAAGGAGCGUCAAACAUGAAAAAAAUGAGAUGGAGCGAUAAACUAGCAAAAGAAGCAGAGAAAUGGGUUGGUCGUUGUUGGUACCAGUUCUUAGCUGGAACUAACGGAGAAAAUAUGUUUUAUUUAGAGUCUGCAUUACCAGAUCAAGUGUUGGUAGAACGCGCCAUUGACACGUGGUAUUCGGAAAAAUAUGGCUGGAGACGAUCCGGUGAUUGUACCGAUGCUUGCAGUUAUACUCAGAUGGUUUGGGCUAGAAGUUCAGAAAUCGGUUGUGCAGCUUAUCGAUGUGCUUCGUUAAAUCUGCCAACUCAUUAUGCAUUAAAGUCCUGGUUCUUUAUCUGUUAUUAUAGUCCAAAAGGUAACACUCUAGGACAGAUGCCAUUUGAAGCAGGAAAUCCAUGUACAUUAUGUGAUUUAGGAGAAAGAUGUAUGGACAAAUUAUGUGUCAAAAGUAGACCGUCACAAACUAGAGUUACUGUACAAAAUCGACGACCACCAAGACCACGAGUUAAACCAAUAUUGUCAUUUGAUGAUGUGCAGAAACAGAAACGAGUAUCAAGACAGCUUCCACGAAAUUGGUGGAGCAAUGGACCUGUAACAUCAUCGUUUCUUGAUAGUUUCAACAGAGGACCAGUAACGCCUUCAUUUCUUGAUAGUUUCAAUCAAAACUCAAGUCCUCCUAAAAAACACCAAAUAGAAGAAGUUAUAACGAUUCGACCAACAGACCCAAUACCUAAACUUGCUAGUAGACCUACCAGGCAGCAUCAACUUUGGAUGCAUGAAAGUGCUUUUGGAUUAGAAGAAUUGAAACAGCAAGAAAAUGUAAAACAGAAUGAAACUUUAGAUAGCUUAGUACUUCCAAGUGAAGACCCUUUAAAGACAAAAUCUCUAUAUGACGACUCGACAAAACCGAAAAAUUUUACAGAUGAUAUAGCUAAAGAUAUAAGUCCAGUAUAUGCACAAAUGACAAUAAAUGGUCCAGUGUUUUCAUUUAGAGGUACUGUUUUUAAAUCACAUCGGAAUGAACAGGGAAAUGAACCUGAAAAGCUAACAAAGAAUAGAGAAAUAACAACAAAAUCAACAACCACAUCAACUACGACAACAACUACUACAACACCGACACCCACAAGAAAAAUUCCAAAAUGGUUUGAGCUUAAAAUAAGCCAAACAGACGACUCUAGUGUCCAACAGAAUAAUAAGAACUUGCGUAACAGAGCAGAAUUACCUGAACAGAUUCAUAAUCGAGGAAAUCAGGAAAUAAACACAAAUGGAAAGCCAAUAAACAAAAGUCAAAGACAGAAGUCCGAGGACAUAUCUCCAACAGACAGAAAUCCAGAAAAACAAGACCGACGAAGGAAUAGAAUUCCAAGUAGACCUUUCAAGCCAAAGGUACGAUUUGUUUUCAAAACAUCAGUAGUCAACCAAAAUGAAGAAUUUCGUGAAGCAGCCAUUUUUGGGAGUACCACAAUGUUUCCAGAACAAACAGCAAAUUCAAACCAGAGGACAGACUUUAACAAACCAGUUUCAGCUACAAUUGCUCCGACUCCUCCACCAAACCCAUUACUAUGCCCAGAUAGUGACACCAACUGUAAACACUGGACGCAAUAUUGCAGUACCAAUGAUUAUGUAGCGAAAAAUUGUCCUGGAUCCUGUGAUACCUGCCCAACUCCACCACCAGAUCCACCAUGCCCUGAUCUUGAUCCAAGUUGUCAUUUAUGGCAGACAUAUUGUGCGCAUAAUGACUAUGUCAGAGAUCAUUGUUUCAAUACUUGCAACAACUGUACAUAUGCAGUACAGGUAACACCACCAGCAAAUGGAUUAAUACAAUUACAGUCAACAACUACUACCACUGUAGCUCCUUGUAUAGAUAAAGACCAGUACUGUCCAGGAUGGAAAAAUUUGUGUUAUACUGACGAAUAUGUCAAAUUUAACUGUAAAAAAUCUUGCACAUUUUGUAAAUAAUUCAUAAAUCCUUCAACCUCAUCUCUCUUUAAAUAGAUGUGUAGACUGUCAAUCUGCACUGCAUUGUUUCAUGUUCAUGUAUUUGUUUACUCUACGGUGAAAAUGGUCCUCUUGUUGUGUUGUCAUUGUAAUUGUGUUAAGAUAUGUUUGUACAUUUUAAAUCAUUAUUUAACUACAUUCAAUGAAUAAACAAUAAUUACAAUUUA